AUCCAAAUCCUCCUUCGAAGCAGAAGUAACAGCAACCAAAAAUGACGACAAUGGCGACACAAGGCGCUUGGCUACGAAUGACCUCAUCAGCCAAGUCCAUGACCAAGUCAACCGUGACUUCAAAGGAGCUUGGAUUCCUCACCUCCCAGCUCAGCGGCUUAAGAAUCUCAUAUACUCCCAGUGACGUCAUCAACCGUAUCUCCCUUCCUUCGUUCCCCGGGAUUCAGCCAAUCGUCGCACGUAGAAUCUGCCCUUUUACUGGGAAGAAAGCAAACAGAGCAAACAAAGUUUCAUUCUCUAACCACAAGACCAAGAAGUUGCAAUUCGUCAACUUACAAUACAAGAGAGUUUGGUGGGAAGCUGGCAAACGUUUUGUCAAACUUCGUUUAUCAACUAAGGCUUUGAAGACCAUUGAGAAGAACGGACUCGACGCUGUUGCCAAGAAAGCCGGCAUUGAUCUUCGCAAGAAAUAGAUAUGAUGAUCGCAAAGUUUAUUAUAUACAUUUCUUGCUUCUCCUUUUGCAGUACUCGUACAUUUCCUUUCUAGAUUUUGGUAAGUAUCAAUGGAAUCUCUGAGUUGUUGUAUCAGACACUGUCAAGAAAAGACUUUAAAGAGAAACGAAAACAAACUCUCACUUGCAGGUGGCUCAAAUAAUACAUUUCAUGGUUUUGUUUAUGUUUCUCAGAUAAUAUCGUUACAGGUUGUAUCAACUGAAUUCUCGGGUUUUCCUUUUGAAGACUUCUUAAUC